GUCGUGACAUGUGCGACGAUUUUUGGAUAUUGUGUCGGGUGACGGCAACAAGGUUACGAUGAUGGUGUCUUGAGAUACCUCCCUCGUGCUUACAUACCCUCAACCCGCUAGAAGCUGCGUCCCAUGAAACAUUUCUUCCUUAUUGACGAUGGACGAUCCAGCAUUCGCGGUCUCGUAUCGGGAGAUCCGGGCUCAUUACACCGAAGAUACAAUCACCGUGUACCAAGCCUACAGCACCGAAAUAGGUAUCGCUGCGGUAGACAAACAAACUUUAGAUGCGUCGCCAAAGUUCAGCACCACGCGCAUGACUUGGAUCAAGCCUUCUUGGGCAUGGAUGUUGUACCGCAGCGGGUAUUCCUUCAAAGACCCAGGGCAAGAAUGUAUCCUUGCGUUGUCUGUCGAGACGGGAGUAUUCAUUGCUCUGUUAGAGACCGCAGUCAUUGCAACAUCUCAAACGGCGGAGAAACAAGAAUAUCACAGCAAAGAAGACUUUCCGCGCGUCAGAGUGCAAUGGGAUCCCGAAAGAACGGUUCGACUAGAGAAGCUACCUUAUCGUAGUAUACAAAUUGGAGUCCCGGGCGCACUUGUUAAGGAUCUUAUAAAAGGUAUUCUCCGAAUCGAGAAUGUCACUGAACGAGCACGGGAGCUGAAGAGAAAGCUUGACGAGUGUCCAAAAGUUGAUACGAGAGAUUUGAUGGAAGACGGUUUGGUCCCAGUGGAAAGGAGAUUCGAUGUAAACGAAAAAUUGCAACGCAUCUUGGGUAUCAACGAGUAGGAAACUGCAAGGCACCGCACCGAUUCGACUC